AAAAGUGUUAGCAGGUUAGCGGGCAGUGUCGUCUUUCAGUCCGCGUUAAUUCUUUUUAGAAUAAACUCGUCUCAGUGAACUUUGAAGCUUCUCAGGCUAGCUUAGCAUGCUAGCUGCUCAACAGAGAUCAAGACGUUAGCACGUCGCUAAGCAGAGGUCAAAUGUGAAUGUUGCGAUUGUGUGAAAAUGUUUAAAGUACAAAUGCUGAGAGCGUUGGUGAAUCAGCGGCUUACUGCGGCUGCUGAAGAAAUAUUUGUAGUGUUAGAAAGAACGAUAGCAGAGUACGAGGAUGAACUUUUGCGAGCAAAAGACGAGAACGAGCGACAGCGUCAAAUACUGGACGCCUUUUACAAGAAGCAAGUUGUGGUGCACAGAGCAGAUGUCAGUGAAGAAGCAGAGAAGCAUGAGUGGAGCUCCUGUAUGGCGCAGGAGGAGCCCCAGCCGCCCUGCAUUAAAAUGGAAGCGCAGGAUCACAGCAUCAGUCGGGAGGGAGAACAUCUUGAAGAGCUGGAGGAGUUUCUAGUGAUUCGUGUUCCUGUAAAGAGUGAAGAUGAGGAAGACGAAGGUCAUACUGAGGAGAAGCGAGAGGUGGCGCCUCCAAGCAGCAGCUCAACUCAACACACAAGAACAGAAGCUGAGGGAGACCACUGUGGAAGACGACAAGCGGACAACAUCUUAGCUCCACUAUCAGAAAGUGACGAUACAAUGUCACACUCUCCUGACACUGAUGAUGAAGACUCUAAAGCUGAUGUGACAUGUGACACUGACAACACACACCGGAAAUGCUCUCAAUGUAACAAAACCUUUAAAUGCCAUAGUAAUCUGAAAAUACACAUGAGGACUCACACAGGAGAGAAACCAUACGUCUGUUCAGUUUGUGGUAAAAGGUACUCUCAGAAGGUACAUUUGACAAUACACACAAGAACACACACCGGAGAGAAACCUUUUUCCUGUUCAGUGUGUGGUGUAGGCUUUGAACGAAGAGAUAAAUUGAAAACGCACUCAAGAAUACACACUGGAGAGAAACCUUUUCCCUGUUCAGUUUGUGGUACAGGUUUUGCACGAAAUCAAGAUUUAAAAAGACACAUGAGAAUACACACAGGAGAGAAACCUUUUUCCUGUUCAGUGUGUGGUAUGGGUUUUGUACGAACUCAAGAUUUAAAAAGACAUAUGAGAUUACACACCGGAGAAAACCCUUUUUCCUGUUCAUUCUGCAACAAAAGCUUUUGUGACCGAACACCUCUUGUAAGGCACAUGAGAAUACACACUGGUGAGAAAGUGUUCAGCUGUAGUGUGUGUGGUGAAAGAUUCUCUUAUAAAUAUCAGGUUAACAAUCACAAGUGUGCUGGUGACAACAGCAGGACAUGAAGCUGCAGGACUUUAAAUAAACUUGGACUUGGAUAACAGACUUUCUAACAGCAUCACCACAUACUGUAUAACGUGUGACAUCAUUGUGAGUGUGUAACGCAUCUCAUUGAUGUGCUGCUUCCACCAUUUAAACGCAAUAAAAACAGGAAAAAGAA